AUGGCCAAGUUUCAGGAUCUGCCCGUCGAGCUCGCACUGGCGAUCAUGAAAUAUGCCGACACCCCACAGGACAUCUUCGCAAUGAUCCGCGCCGAUCAUUGGUUGCUACACUGCUUUCUCGACAACAGGAAGCAAUUGAUGACGCCACGUGCGGCCAAGAUUAUGGAAGUUUGUGGGGGUCUUUUCUCAACUGCCUACUUGCUCGCUGCUCGACUCCGCCAUGCCAAGCAGGACCCUAGGUUCAAUGAUCCAAGGCCACCGCAUCGUGAAUCCAUCGUAUCCCAUCGGGCCUCCCUCGGAACCAUCUGCGCGCUUUCGACUCUUGCCGUUGAUAUUGGAUGGCUAACAUCGAGCUAUAUGGCCCAGGCGCGUGAACAAUUAUUUAAGUAUCAUAGACGCCCAGAAGACUGGCCUGAAGUUUCCUCCAAGGAGCACCUAAGGUUUAUCAACGUUGCCUGUCGGUUCGAGAGCUAUGCUCAGGCUUUCUUCCACGCUGGACAGCCCUUAUUUCCGAGGAACCUGAAUAUCCGCUGCCUUCUCUUCUCUCCAAGCAUUUGUAGUGCCGAAAGUGAGUAUAAUGCGACGCGUACUUUCUACUCCAUUGCUUACUACAUUUACGACCAACAUUGCACCAUGAUGAAGAACAUAAUGAGCUCUCUAGGAGUCAAAGAAACAUGCCUUAUCGAGGUGAAUAAGUACGUACACUACCUCACAACGCAAGGCCUGGGCAUGCUCCUCCAGCUUCAGAGCAUGACGCUUCAGGACCAGCUACACUUUGUGCUAUGGAGAUUUGAGAGCAUCCUGGACAGUUCAUCCCCCAAUAUUCUCAUGGUUGAAGGCAUUGAACUAUACAGGAUUGGAACGGUCGAGAAGCAUAGCUGGAAUCCAUGGGUCCAUUGUGAGGACGUGUUCGAAAUGGACUCUGAGGAAUGGAAAACGGCAGAUGCAUUCUGGGAUAGCGGUUGA